UCUUUCGCUCACGCGCACACAGGCGCAUAUAUAACACGUCGUCAUCACUGUAGCUCCCUGUACCUACAAUGGAACAGCUAAACAGCUGGGAGCAGGACGAGAACGAGCUCAACCUUGAGCUCACCCUCCGCAUGACCUGGGCGGCGGAGGCGGAGGAGGAGCUCGGCGGCUUCUUCCUCUGCGUCUACUGCGACCGCAAGUUCCGCAGCUCGCAGGCGCUCGGCGGCCACCAGAACGCGCACAAGCACGAGCGCAGCGUCGCCAAGCGCCGGCGGGAGAUCGCCGCCAGCACGCGCGCGCACGGGGCGGGAGCCCCGCCUGCCGCGGCGCAGGAGCAGGACGCAAGGCCGUGCGGGUACGCCGGCGACAGCGACUUCACGUCUGCGAAGGCGAGGAGGACGGAGCCGCAGAAGGCCGCUGCUCCGAUGCUUGCUGGCAUGGCGCGCAAGCGCGCCAAGGGGCCGUCGGAGUACGGCUACGGCGCCGUCGACGAGGGAAUGGACCUGUCUCUCAGGCUAUGAUCAUUAGGGUGAUUCGUUACUCCCACCUUUACUUGAUUGCCUACUUCGCCGUUCAUGUCAAAUGAAUUGUUUGUUUCAAGCUGUUGUGUGUUGGAUGAGAUUGAUCUGUUCUUAGCUAGUUGGGUGCAUCUAUUCAUAUAAUUCCUUCGCCACAAAGAGAUGCUGGUUUACAUUUACAGGAGAUUUGGUCUGUCCUCCGUUGUUUAAUCUUUGGUCUAAUUCGCUGAUUGAUUU